CUGCUGUUUCUAUAGAUUUGGUCAUUCGCGAACAAACUACGUUUGUGCUCAGUUUUCCCUUUUGGUAGCCCUUCGAGACUAAACAGCUGAGAUCUGGAGAACGAGUCUUCCGACAAGGGGUGUUCUUGCGACCCAGUAGGGCAGUGUCUGAAAUAAACCUACAAAGAUGUCGUCGGUAAAGACUUUGAACGCAAAUGCGGAGGUCAUGAACCGGGCCGCCGCGCUCUUCAUGAACAUCAACGCGGCCAAGGGCCUCAUGGAUGUUAUGCGAUCGAACUACGGUCCGAAGGGCACCAUUAAAAUGUUGGUUAGUGGAGCUGGCGAUAUAAAGCUUACCAAGGACGGGAACGUUCUGCUUCGCGAGAUGCAAAUCCAGAACCCGACCGCGGUAAUGAUUGCGCGCGCCGCGGUGGCUCAGGAUGACAUCACUGGCGAUGGCACCAGCUCCAUUGUGCUGCUGAUCGGCGAGCUGAUGAAGCAGGCGGAGCGGUACCUCUCGGAGGGGACGCACCCGCGUGUGCUCGUGGAGGGCUUCGAGGUAGCCCGCAAGGCGGCCCUCGAGUUCCUGGACACCUUCAAGCAGCCCCUCCCCACCCCCCCAGCCGCACCCGCCUCCGAGCCCUCCUCCUCCUCCUCCGAGCCCGCGUCCGCCCCCCCGGUGGACCGCGAGGUGCUCCGCUGCCUGGCGCGCACCUCGCUGCGCACCAAGCUGGCGGAGGGGCUGGCGGAGCAGCUGACGGACAUCGUGACGGAUGCGGUGCUGACGGUGCGGCGGCCGGGGGAGCCCAUCGACCUGUUCAUGGUUGAGAUCAUGCACAUGCGCCACAAGCUGGACUCCGACACGCGGCUGGUGCGGGGGCUGGUGCUAGACCACGGGUCGCGGCACCCGGACAUGCCCAAGCGGCUGGACAAGUGCCACAUCCUGUCGUGCAACAUCAGUCUGGAGUACGAGAAGAGCGAGGUGAACGCGGGCUUCUUCUACAGCUCAGCGGAGCAGCGUGAGAAGCUGGUGGCAGCUGAGCGCGCCUACACGGACGAGCGGGUGCGCAAGGUGAUUGAGCUCAAGAAGCAGGUCUGCGGUGAGGACCAGGGUUUCGUGGUGAUCAACCAGAAGGGCAUCGACCCCAUCAGUCUGGACAUGCUGGCCAAGGAGGGAAUCAUCGCGCUGCGCCGGGCCAAGAAGCGCAACAUGGAGCGCAUCCAGCUGGCCUGCGGGGGCUUCUCGAUCAACUCGGUGGAGGAGCUGUGCCCCGAGUGCCUGGGCUACGCGGACGAGGUGUACGAGCACGUGCUCGGGGAGGACAAGUACACCUUUGUGGAGGGUGUACGGCACCCGCACUCGUGCACCAUCCUCAUCAAGGGCCCCUCCGACCACGUCAUCGCGCAAAUCAAGGACGCGGUGCGGGAUGGUCUGCGGGCCGUGAAGAACGGCAUCGACGACGGCGCCGUUAUCCCGGGCGGUGGUGCCUUCGAGGUCGCCGCCGCACACCACCUGCGCACCGUCACUCGCAAGACCGUGUCGGGUCGCGCCAAGCUGGGUCUGGACGCCUUUGCGGAGGCGCUCACGGGCCUUGCCAAGGCGCUGGCCGAGAACAGCGGUCACGACCCGCAGGAGGCGCUGCUGGCGCUGCAGGAGGAGCACGAGCGGGGCAACGUGGUGGGCUUCGAUGUGGGCACCGGGGAGCCCAUGGACCCCAGCACGGCGGGCGUGUACGACAACUACAUCGUGAAGCGACAGAUCCUGCAGUCCGCCCCCGUGCUGGCUGGGCAGCUGCUGCUGGUGGACGAGGUGAUGCGCGCCGGCAUCAACAUGCGCAAGCAGUGAGGGGGGUAAUGAUGCAGCAGGGGUGAUGCAG